AGCAGGAGCAGCAGCAGGAGCAACAGCAGCAGACGCAGUCUAGAUACCUCUACCACCAACAUGAAGUGCCUGAUCGUCCUGAGUGCUGUCGUGGCCGUGGCCCUGGCCAAGCCCGGCUUCCUGGGGGCGGGCGUCGCCGCCCCCGCCUACGCCGCAGGCCUCGCUGCCGCCGUCCAGCCAGCCCCUGUCUAUGUGGGCGGCAUCCACCCCGGCCUCGCCGCCUACGGCCCGGCCAACAUCGUCGUCGGGCCCGGCGGCUACAACCUGGACACCCCUGACGUGGCCGCCGCCAGGGGCGCCCACCUGGCCGCCGUCGCCCAGACGAGGGCCCGCGACGCCGCCAUCAACGGCGCCGCCCUCGCCGCCGCCUCUGCCGCCGCCUACGGCGCCUACGCUGCCCCAGCCGUGGUCGCCGCCCCUGCCGUCGCCGCCGUCGCCCCAGCUGUCUAUGGUGGUCCUGGGGCUGCCUUCCUGGCUGCCAAGGCUGCUUACCAUGGUUAACCUGUAAUAACCAAGGAUUUUCUGUAGAACUGCCAUACUGUGCCGUUGUUCAAUGCUCUCGCUGCUCAGGAGGCUAUUGUAAUGCUGUCUGUUGUACAAAUCUCUUCUCAAUAAACCCUCUUUUUUAUU